UUUUUUUCAUUUAUCAAACUGGAGUUCACUCGAACGGUUAUUACUGACGAUUUCAAGUUGUUGACAAUUAUCAACCAUGUCUGUGAAUAAUCCAUCAGAUUCUGGCGGUGGAGGAGGCGCAGAAGUCGCAUUCGCAAAUCCGCCUUCCAUGAGCGAAAUGGACAUGGGAGCCAUGGGCGCAUGGGCCGAAAUCAUGGCAGAAGAGCAGGUACAAUCUGCGCCUCCAAGCGAAAAAAAUGACGAGCACGAUUCGACACAAGAGCAGAGUGCGGAGGAAAACAACGGCAGUACGAUGAGAAAACAAUCAGAACAACAGCAAUAUUUUGCAGUGCAGGUAACAAAUUUGCCUGCUUGCACAAAUGAAGAACUCUUUUAUCAUUUUGGUGGUGAUAGUGUGGUGCGCGACAUCGCAUUUUUACCCGAUCGUAGAUGUGCGGCAAGAAUUGACUUGCACACAAUAGAAGGUUUAAAACGUGCAAAAGAGCUUGAUGGACAACAGUUUAGGGGCAGGACCCUUAGAGUAUACGAGAUUCGAGAAGACAGAGUACAGAGGCAAAUACCUCAUGAGUUUACAAAUCGCCAGUUUAGUAACGAACCACCACCAUAUAGCAGAGAAAGCAGCAGAUAUAACAGCCAGUCCAGCUUGUAUAGCAACGACGCAAGGACACAUGAUAGGGGGAACCGUUCAUAUAAUAAUUCGAAUGAUUAUCGCGGAGGUAACCAAUAUCGUGGUCCAAUGGCUGGAACAUUUCCACGAGGAGGAGGGAAGUAUUUCAAUAACUAUGAUGAUUAUAACAAUAUGGGACGUUAUCCGGGUGGUCAAUCAUUUCGUGGCGGCGGGCCAUACUAUAACCAUCAGUACGGCGGCGGUAGUGGUGGAGGCUAUCCCCCACGAUCCCGAGGGAUGCAAGGACGUGGUGGUUAUAACGCUGGAGGAGGUGGUGGAGGAUACUACGGAGGUCAGGAUCUGCAGCGUAGCGAUAGCUACCAUCAUGAUGAAAGAGACAGGCCAGCUCCUAUUACUCGUUCCCGUACCGAGUCUACUGCAUUUGACGCCGAAAGGCGUAAAAUGGAGCUCUCGAGAACAUCAUCUCGGCUGAGCACGAGUACGGAAGAUGUUGACAAUCCAACCCCAAGAGUACCGGCAAAGAAACUCACCAACAAGGACAUCUUUGGUGAAGCCAAGCCUGUGGAUACUUCGGAGCGACUUCGUGAAAUAGAAGCGAAACAAGAACGAGAACGAAUGCUUGAACAACAAAAAUAUAAAGAGGAAGCUGAAGCAGCACGUUUGGCUGCUGCAGCUGAACAUACUGAUAACGUUGCUCCACACCGCGAUCAACACCAGUAUCCCAUCCACCAAGGCCAUCCUGCACAUCAUGGCAAUCAUCAUCAUCAAUUUCAUCAUGCACCCUCACGGCAGGGCCUUCCUCCUGUACCGUAUGGCCCUUACCAAACCCAUAAUAUGCAGCAACAUGCACAACAACCACAUCCAAAUGCUGGACAGUAUCAUCCACAGCAGAGGUACGAUGGUGGCGGCCCACCCGGAAGCUAUAGGAUAAUGCGUCGUGAGUCGGCGGAUGCCACGGAUGCGAGCCCGCCACUUGAUCCUGUGCAUGCGAAAGCGCCUGCGCAGAACAUCACCAUCCCCGAAAAACCAGCAGAAGCAACCACUGCUGAGAUGGCAUCCCCUGGAGCAGCUUCAUCUGGAGAUGCUCCGCCGACAUCAGCCAGACGUGAUUCAGUAUCCGAUCGUCGUCGUCCAAAUGAUUCAAUGAGUAGUAGUGGAGGUGCGGAAACGUUACCACGUCCACCGGGAAAGCAGCGCAUUGUUUAUCGUAGCAAAGGUGCGGGUGCACCGCUACAAAAAAGCGCUACCAUCAGUGAGAUUCGUGAUGCGGUAGCACCGCAGAGAGGUAGAGGAGGUGGCCGAGGAGGUCGUGGUGGACGCGGCUACCAUCGCGGUGCGGCACCAAAUGAUCGACGAAGUAGCUUUUCUGGUGUUGAAAAGCCUGCUCCAGUUUCGGCUAAUAUGGCUAAUAUGACUAAAUCAAUGGGGCCUGAAAAUGAAACCAAUGAACAAAGGCAGUCGAAUGAUGAGCGGCAAGAUCGACCUGAGCGCAAGGAACAUCAUGGCUCCCACGCAUCGUUGCGCGGAAGCCGAACAGGUACCUUGCGAAGAAAUCGUGGUAGUUAUCACAAAGAUAGAACGCCACGAGCUUCCCGAGAUGAAGAACCCUCAGACGCGGAGCCGCGAAAAGAACCACAAAAACCAACUGAAGACCGACAAGAACGAAUAGAACGACCAGAGAGACCAGAGCGAAUAGAAGAGAAGCCGGCGCCGCAACCAACAAAGAAAGAGCCCGCAAAGGCGGGAACUCCUGCAGCUGUGCCAGCGACGUCAACGUCAUCUACUUCAACACAAGAUAAAAAGAAAGAGAAAAAGAAGUCUAAUAAGAAGGAAACUUCAAAAGGAGGAAAAGCAUUGAACAAUAACAAAUUUGCUCUUCUUGUCGAUUCUGAAGAUUUAUAGAUGGUGACCAAUUAUAACAACGCGUCAAGAAUUAAUACUUCUCAACGAUUGUGUUAAUUUCUCUUGAUUUGUACUUUGCCUUAGUAAUCGCUAGAUCAUUCAAAUACGUGUUUCAUGCUGCUUUGCCAAGUGUUUCGUUCUUAUAUCUCUUCCCCCAUGCAUCCGUACCCUUAUUCUUUUUUGUACCCCCCUUUGUUUUACGUGUGCGGUUUCAUUAUAGUCCGUCUUCGCAUACAAAAAUAUUGUAUUAUGUAGCAUAGAAAGUGUUCUCAUCGUACUACUGUCUGCGCGCCCGUUCAUAUCUCCAGUCUGGUCUCUUUUUCAUAUAUUUUCAGGUGUAUUGUUUUUUGAUUAUAAGUAAAGAUACAGAAUAUUCUGUUGUCUUUUCUUGUUGUCAGUAUAUGUGUGUUCUUCUUUCGAUACGCUGUAAUAUACGAAAAUUUAGCUCCGUUUUUCUCCUGCGUCGGUGUCAGUCACUUGUCAGUACAAGCCGCGUUUUAGUUUUACGAAAUUUCCUCUUUUUUGAAGAAUUUUCUUCGUCAUCAAUAAUCAGUAAUGAAGUUAGGAUAUAUGAAAUACACGCGAGGUCAGCGACAAGGUUCCUGAUGUAUUUUGUGAAAAAAAUUUUGAAGUAAAUUUUGCCUUCCAUUU